CCCCACACAUAUAAAUAAGCCCCAACUCCUUGCUAACUGCCAUCACUUUGCUUGUGUGCUACUAUGGUCAAAGCUUCUGACGUCCUUCUGAUUCUUGUUGCUAUCAUUUUCCCGCCAGCAGCCGCUGCAUUCAUCACCGGCUGCAGCUGUGACUUGCUCAUCAAUAUAUGUUUGACCAUCUUGGGAUAUUUCCCCGGACAUAUUCACGCCUUUUGGCUUAUCUACAGGAAGAUGCAAGCUGAAGAGAAAUAUGGAUACGGAGGGUUCUAUUACAUCGGCAACGGGCAUUACCAGCCUCUCAAUCAAGGCUCCGCUGCUCCUGCAAACUAUGGCACGGCAGGGCCUUAGGUUAUUUGUCGCUCAGAUGACAUCCAGCACACAUAUGGACUGUAAAUGUUACUCCACUCGUAGAACUUUGUAACUA